CAAAAAUAGGCUAAAUAAAAGCUAAGUAUUUUCUAUUGGAUAAUUUGCUUGUUUUAAGUAGCCUGGAUUCCAUGGUGUAGGUGGCAUUUUCUUUCAUUUGCGCUCAUGUUGCUCUAUUAAUGCUCUGAGCUCAGUGGCAAAAUGGCCUCUGCCUUUUCAUUUGUAGAAUUUCAUUCUGCGUUUUUUUCGUUUCCAGAUUGUACAACUGCUAUAGCGCUCGUUGUUCUCUGUGGAUGGUGGCUACAAAGGAGGCAGGCAGCGGCGCACAAGUCCCGCCUGUAUUUCCCUCUGGAGGAGUCUCAGUAUCUGCGUUCCCGACUGGGGAUUGGAGCGGCGGCUUGUCAGUAAAUGAGCCCACCCUUCACACAGUGUGUGUGAGGGAAACCGAGCCAGACAGUGACGGAUCUGGUCCUACAGUCAUCAGCUGCCUGUCACAACAGCACGCCACAGUACCGACUCGGAGCCUUCCGCCGCGCUGUGACACCUGGCGGGGAUGGAGGGAGAGAUGCAGCCCGCAGAUGAAGGGCCCUGCGCCCCGAAGAUGUGCCGACAACAACGGGGUCCGUACAGCACCCUAAAAACCUUCCAGAGCAAACGCUCGGCGGGCAAGUCGCGCUUUGACAGGUCCGCUAUGGUCGAGGUGCCUCUGUUUGGCGACGGACAUCACUUCACUUUCCAUCCCGAGCAGCAGCAUCAUUUCCAGCCGCACCAUCAUCACCACCACCACCAGCGUCUGCAGCAGCUCCACCAAACCAGCGUCGCAAUCAGCAGCAGCAGCCAACAGCAUCACCCGACGCAGCAGCAGCAGGGUCGUUUCCCAUGUGAGAACAGGCCCAGCAGCAGGGUCCCGACAUCCACCUCAGCGGCGGCGGCAGCAUCUCCUGGUACCCAGCAGCAGCGCGCCAGCAGCGGCAGAGCGGAGCCCAGAUUGUCUCCAGACUGCACCUAUGGUAUCAGCUCAGAGAAUCGUCUCAUCCUGGAUGCCUUUGCCCAGCAGUGUAGCCGAGUCCUCAGCCUCCUCAACAACGGCCGUCUCCUGGAGCCCUCUUCCUCCUUCACCUCCAACAUCAAGCUGGAGGAGGGGCCAGGGGCGGUACAGGGGCUUCACUGCUCCUCACUGGGGAAGACCAAACCUGAAGAGAGCUCUUCCACCACAGACCCAGAAGAGGAGGCCCAACAAAGCCAUUUGAACCAACAACAGACCUCUGCCGUUCUUCGCAUCUUCACAGACUCCCUACAGAACUAUCUGCUCUCAGGGCCGCCGCCGCAGCAGCAGCAACAUCUGGCUGCCGGUCUGGAGGAUGAGCAGUGUCCGUUGGCAGAGCCCGGCUCAGGGUUGUCUCCUCCAAGACAUAAUUUGGGAGGCUGGGGCUCACCGACUCCGUCAGAGUCGUACGGCCACCCUUCGUCCACACUGCCUGAGGAGGAAGAGGAGGAGGAGAGCUGCUGUCCACGCUGCCUGGAGUUGGAGCAGGAGGUGCUUUCGCUGCAGCAGGAGAACGAGGAGCUCCGCAACAAGCUGGAGAAUAUCCCAGUUCCCUGUCAAAAGGCUCUCGACUACUUCAAGACUGUUCUUGAGUUCCACAACCAGCUGGUCCAGCCGAUGCCAGAGGAGCAGCUCACAGAGGAAGAAGAGCAGCAAACAGUCUUUGAGGGCAGUAAGCAGCUCUUGGAGAACUACCCUCUCUUCAUCUCUAAUAAGCAGUGGGACGAAGCCGUCAACUCCUCUAAGAAAGAUGGCAGGCGGCUGCUGCGCUACCUGAUUCGCUUUGUCUUCACCACGGACGAGCUCAAAUUCUCCUGCGGUUUGGGCAAAAGGAAGCGUUCGGUCCACUCAGGAGAUCCAGGCCUGGAGAGACGACCACUCAACCCCGUCAAAGUCAGCUGCCUCAGAGAGUUCAUCCGGAUGCACUGUGCCUCAAACCCAGACUGGUGGAUGCCCUCAGAGGAGCAGAUCAACAAAGUGUUCAGUGAUGCCGUCGGUCACGCUCGUCAGGGCCGAGCGGUCGGUACGUUCCUGGGCAGCAGCGGAAGCAGCACCAGCAGCCUCUAUAUGGACGGCUUUGAUGGACAUCUGUCACAGGACGAACUGUAUUUGAAAGGCUGCCAGAAUGGCCAAUCGGACUGAAGUUAGAGGAGAGAUUAAAGACAAAUGCCGGAAAUGUAGCUGUACAACAACAUAUCCCAAAACACUGACCUGAACCUGUCACUUUACACAGUGAAGAAAACAUUCCAGAAGAAGUUUAUCAUACAGAAUAUAACUCCAGUCUUGCUGAAGACGUUUGAGUAGUUUGUAGCUGUUUUGCCAUUUUUAUACCUACAAUUUUGUUCUUUGUUUGUUUUAGUCAAUAUUUGACUCUUAAGGUGUUAUAAACUUUUAAAAUUUCAGUCUUCCACUUGCUACGUUUUUUCUAUGGUUUGCUGUUUUGAGCAGCUGUGUGUCACUAUCAGUGGACUUUGUUUUGUUUUGUGUUUUGGGUUGGAGUCCCAGUGAGUUUAUUUUUUCAAUUUACACGCUUACCUUAAGGUCAUCAGGAAGCUGUUUUUGUAAAUGUCACCCAAGUUAGAGACUUAUUGCAUCCAUCACUGACAUUGCGCCCUCCAUCACGGAAAGUAGCAUUUAAUAUUUUUCUGCCAAAUUCUGCGUCAUUGGCGAAGCACCUUUACUUGCAACCCUUCAGUAGGAGUGCCUCUAAGAAAAUCAUGUUUUGUUACCUGUAGUGUUUGCACUUAUUUUUCUUAACCCUAACUUCAGAUGUGUCAAGUUAUAAAAAAGAAAAAGUGGUUGAUCUGUUUUGAACUUCCUGCAGCAGAUUUCAAGAUAU